ACAAGUCUGAUGUUGAUUUUCUGAACAAGCCUAUUCAACACUUUGAGGAGAUGAACACAAUAUUUGGAAGUACCAUGGCUACAGGCAAGUUUGCAAAGGACUCAAGUGCACCUCUAGGUACAGAGGAUGGCGGUGCAGAGGAUUGUGAGGCCGAGGAAACAGGAAAGAGUGAUGGGGAUGCCAUUGCCAAUGAAGGCAACAAUGGGGCAACAUCAUUUGCAAGCAAGACCAGCAAGAUUGGCAAGACCAACAACAGCAAGAAGAGCAACAAGAGGUCGAGGCCUGAUGUUGAUCCUUUGGUUGCUGCAAUUAAUAAAGGAAGUAACAAGAUAGCCAAGGCGAUAAAGGAAGUGGGCAAAUCAGACAAUGAUGUGCCCUCAGAUUUGUUUGACAACUUGAUGGCUUUCAAUGGUAGUUUCAAUGAGACUCACUUAUCCUUCUAUUAUACCCAUUUGGUCUCCCAACCUUACAUAGCUAGAGCUUUCAACCGCCUGGCUUUUGACCAUAAAUUAAACUGGGUUGCAAAGUAUAUUGCCAAAAACUACUCUGGGCAGUAA